GGAAGGAUUUAGUUCACGCCGAGGUCUCAUUGGCAGAGAAAGUCAAAGAUUGUUCAGUACUGUUUAUAAUCUGGUCGCUGUCUACUUUUUAAAACUUGCACAGAAAACUCGCAACUCUUUGAAAAUGUCUUUUAACAAGGGUCCUUCCUUCGGAUUAUCAGCGGAAAUAAAAAACAAGAUCGCACAAAAGUAUGACACUCAGAAAGAGGAAGAGCUGAGGGUCUGGAUUGAAGAGCUCACAGGCGCAUCCAUCGGCCCCGACUUCCAGAAAGGCCUGAAGAGUGGACUCAUUUUAUGCAGUCUCAUCAACCAGCUUGCCCCAGGCUCUGUGAAAAAGAUCAACCAAUCAGCGCUGAACUGGCAUCAGCUGGAGAACCUGACAAACUUCAUCAAAGCCGCCACAAACUUUGGCCUGAAGCCUCACGAUAACUUUGAAGCCAACGACCUGUUUGAGAACGGCAACAUGACGCAGGUCCAGACGUCCCUGCUCGCCCUCGCUAGCAUGGCCAAGACCCGCGGCUGCCACUCCCGGGUGGACAUUGGGGUGAAGUAUGCGGACAAGCAGGAGAGGAUGUUUGACGAAGAGAAGAUGAAGGCUGGACAGUGUGUCAUUGGCCUUCAAAUGGGAACCAACAAGUGUGCCAGUCAGGCAGGAAUGAAUGCCUAUGGCACCCGGAGGCACUUGUAUGACCCCAAAGUUCAAAUCCAGCCCCCCAUGGACAACACCACAAUCAGCCUGCAGAUGGGGACCAACAAGGGGGCGAGCCAGGCCGGGAUGACUGCUCCUGGGACGAGGCGUGCCAUUUAUGACCAGAAGCUGGGCACAGACAAGUGUGACAACAGCACCAUGUCUCUCCAGAUGGGCUACAGCCAGGGAGCCAACCAGAGCGGACAGAACUUCGGCUUGGGUCGGCAGAUCUAUGACGCCAAGUACUGUCCUAAAGCGGGAGAGGUUGCAGAACCUCAAAAUGGGGCAGGCGUUGCACCUGACUAUAUCCCGGAUUUCCAGGACGAGGGUUACCAAGGUUACCAGGAAGAAGAGCAGGUGUACAGAGAAGAGGGGACUGAUUACUAGAAGGAAUGACGGAUGUCUGUCCGCACAAGGAAAGUUCUGCAGAGAGGGAACCCUCGAGGCUCACAGGAUGUUGCAGCGUUUUUAGUAGUUUCUUUUUUUAAUUUUUUUUUUUUUUAAAUCAAAUUGUUUUCUUGUCCGUAUUUGUGCAAAACGAUUUUACACAUAUCAUCAUGGACUGUAGUUGUUUGUUAUUUAAAGUGACCACAAAAGCCAAUAUUUUUGGCAUGGCUAGUUUUUCUAUCGCAGGGAUUGUUAUAAAUGUGCCAAAGCCCUAAUAUUCUCUCUUUUCUUUUUGUGCUGACCUAUUACUUUCAUUAAAGGAGAUGUAUUUUUGUAAGCGCAACAGAAAGGAAAAGUGACUGUAGGGAGUUUUUUUUAACUUUCUUUCUAAGAAUUUCAUCCUGUUUUGAUCAAAACCUGCAUGUUUUUAUCCAAUCUCUGUAUAAACAUGAUUCCUGUGAAUAAUGUAAACUUUGUUACUUCAGUAUCUUCUUCAUCCCCUCAGUAUUAGUCAUUGACUUACAGUAGUGAGCCCUUUGUUUGUUCAGAGAGAUGAGGGAACACUUAUUUUGUCUUACUCGCUACUUUAAAAAAAAUAAUGGAGGAAAUAUUUCCUUUGUUUGUAUAACCAGUUCAACUGUCGUUUGAUUUGUUAUUGUUGGACUGCAGAUGGUGGGGGAGGCGGGUACAAUAACACGUGUGCAUUCUUCAACAUUCCAAGCAAGAAUACUGGAUUAUUUUUCUGUGAGUGUCUUGAAUAUUGGUUGAAAAGCAAACCAAUCACACCAUUAUGUCAUCACUUUGGGAUUUCAACGGGGUUGUUGUAACUACAGUGUAAUAAAGCUGUGUAUUCAUUA